UACAGUUACUGGACCUAACUUAAGUUGUCAGGAAUUGGCGUGUUCGAGCUUCAUUUGUUCAAGCUGUAUAUAUCCAGAUGAUGUAUAUAGUGGAAAUAUCGUUGUGAUCUGUAAACGUCAAUCAUAAAUACAUUCGAGUUCUGUUAUCAUAGCAACAAGUAAUUGAGAACAAGUGACAUAUGUGUGUAACAGUUUAUUUAUUAACGGUAAUCAAUGUGUCGUGCUCUGGGGGAUGGAUCAAAAAAGAUUCAAGAUGAUGCAUUUUUGAACAUCUAUUUUACAGUCACUUAUAGUAAAUGUACAACUUAUGAAAAUUAAUGAAAGUAAUACAAAAUAAGUUUGUCCUAUCUUCACAAUUUUGUAACUCCACAAAGAUUGUAUCAUCAUUUGCAGUUAGACAACAUUUCACUGACGUAAGUAAUGAAGCGAUUGAUACGUUGUCGUGUCUACCCAAUCUGUGGUCAUCAGUUUGCACUUGCUUGAAUUUACAACAAAGUAGUUAAAGUAUCACUGUGUACUCAGACACCAUAAUGUAUCGAUGUUAUGUCUUUGAAUGAAACAAGUACCGUUUAUAUGUAUGGUACACAACAGCGUAGUUGACUGAUGUUACAAAUACUGAGAGAUACACUUGUAUAUCUCACAUUCACAUCUUUUUGAUCGUAUGUUGUUUCCUAGUGUAGAUGCGCUACUCUGUCUUCCCACAUGAAUAAUAACAAACAUUGUUUCAUUUCGACCUAUGUGUAAGUAAAUAGGAGAGAUCAAUCUGUAACGUUUCGUUUCUACUUACUGACACUUGGAACCAUCAUUUUCUUUCAGUGGGAUCAACUUGUCACUUAUAUUCGUUGUUUAAAUUUUUCAUUACCAUGUGAGUCUAUCUUGUACAUUUACAUAUAAUAGAUAAAAUAUUUAUUGGUAGUGACCGUUGGUUCUCUCGUUCAAUCAGAGACAGUUGCAAUCUGUAGUCGUUCUUAUGAAACGUUUACCAAAGUAUCCAAUAUUCCUCAAUCAUUGGACCCUAUAUAUAUAUACGGAAGGAUGAAGAAGGAUUGGUUUACUAUCGAUCUGAAUAUUGAUCUAUAAUCAAAAUGGUACAUAUGACUAUACUAAUUCAACUAAUAGUACUAGAAACCAUCAAGUUUUAAAAUUUCGAUUAUCUGAAUAAAUAAUUCACUUGCCAGCAUGAAUUCCAAUAAUUUCAUUGUAAGUAAUAUUCAUCAUGUUUGAAACGUAAGCAUUUGAACAAAAUUCGUACCACUAGUAUGAGACCUCUCGACAGUACUCAAUCACUAUUCUUCACACUGGAAUCAUUCCUAGAACCUUCGGAUUAGUAGAUGAAUGUUUAACUGCUAGACAAUUGAAACAACAUCAAACAGUAUUCAUGUAUAACAUCAACCAAUCCACGAUAAUGCGCGACCAUUUUCCAUCGAUUUCAGUGAGUAACUGUCUCAUACCCAAAAUGAUUGUACUCCAUUGUUCACGGAUUCCUGAAAGAACUAUAAGAACUCUCUCUCUCUCUCGAAGCUUGUCACUAAUGAGCACAUAAUAGUGAUCUAACUUUGAUUGAUCUAUGAUCUCAAUGAAACCUAACAAUUUUCACAGUCCUAGCAUUGAACAAUCACAACAUUGAUAGUAGAAACUUACCACCUUUUCAAAUCAUUCCUGUCUAAACUAUUCAAUCUCUAAAUUAUGCUCAGUACAACUUAUUCUACUAAGAGAUGAGAUAAAUUGAGCACAGGUUUAUAUGUGUGUAUGUUUGUAUGCACAAUGCAUAUUGAUCAUUCAUACUGUGUAUAUUUUACUUCUUAUUCAACGAAUACAAAUUAGUUAUUUUCAAUCACUUUGACUUAACCAAUGAUCAUCAUUAUCUAAUGAUAUAAAUACAGAAGAAUCGACAACGAUGUUUCAUUGAAAAUGUGGCUCUUAUAUUUGUGUCUUAUUAUUCUGUUAUUGGGAGUUAUUCAGCCAAGCCAAUAUGAAAACACGUUCUCGGACAUAUAUAACCACCAGAGAAAGAUUGGUCUGUUAUUAGUACUGGAAACAUACAAAGGAACUUUAAAGAUAGAUGAAGAGAAUUUAAGAAAUACGACAAAACAAAUUGGAAUGCUGACAUAUGGAAUCAAUGAAAAACUUUCAGUGAAAUCACUAUCGAUUAAUCAAUAUGUGGAUUGUAUGGAAAAAGUUUUAGAAGUUGAUAACGGUAUUAAGCAAAUGCAAGAUUUCAUACAUACGAUGGAUAAUAUCGAAAGAAGAUAUCAUGUAGUGUAUUCGAAAGCACCCGAAUGGAAAAAGUGCUAUCGGAAACAAUCAAGAAUUUAUCGUAAUAAGUUGCCUGAAGUUAAAAAGACAAAGUGCAAUUCAUAUCUAAAAUCUAGUCGAAAAGAUAUUAUCGAUCUUAUAAGCCUAAUGAAAUCACAACGUACCUACAUUAAUCAAUAUAAUACUGAUUUGUUAGCACAUCAGUUUCUUUUAGAAAUUAUCAAGGAGAUUUACACUGCACCAGAAACAAGUUAUCCAUCUCCAGUUGAUGCAUUCAAAAGAUAAAUAAUGAACAUGUUUUUUUCUUUUCAUCGUAUUGUUUAUUACUUGUAAUAACUAAUCAUUUUUAUCGUCAAAUUGAUUUCUUCUUGUUUUAAUAAAUAAAU